AUGGAUGCUGAAACCAACCUCCUGGUUUCCCUCCGCCUUAUGUACGGAUUCAACCCAUCCCCUACUGCUCAAACACCCCACCCUCAAGCACCCAACCUCCGGAGUUGGUCAGAUGUCCUGGGUGUCAUCGGGACAAAAUCAGAACCUGAUGUCUCAGACCGAGACAAGGUUCUAAUUCGCGAGUUCAUUUCAUGCCUCAUCGACAGCUCUUCGGGAUUGCCAGCACCCUCCGACGACCUCAACGCAACAUCGGAUCAGCCUUUGGCAACAUCCUUUGCGCUCGACACUGUGGAACGCAUCAGUGAGGACCUAUACGUGUUCAAGCUACCUCCUUCCCCCUCUUGCAAAUGGGUCAUCGGUGUUGAUCGCCCCACGACUGUUCUUUACAUCUGUCGACUGGUCGCCUCCGCUCCGAACACGCAUACGGUGCUGACAAUCGCCUACCACCUACUUGAGCACCACAUACCCUUCCGCACCCUCCUUCUGCAGGCCUCCUCGGAGCCCGAACAGCUCAAUCUCCCAUACGCAGACAACGCCAACCGUUUUAACAAGCACCAAUUCACGACAGCAGACUUCGACAGUGCUAUGCUCGAGUGCCGCGCGCUGCUGGGCCGCCCGCAAGGGCGAGCUGCAAUACUUCGCGGUGGCAUUGUAGGGAGGAUUGCAAGGGAAUUCGGUAGUAAGGAGUCUGGGUUGCAAGGACCGUCCAUCGAGGUCACAGUGCAUCAUUCGGGGUACUUUGUCCCGUCUAAACACGACAGGUAUUUCUACUGGGAUGACGACCUCACUGGUGAGGAGAUUGCAUGUUUGUGUGGGACAUACUGCCUCUAUACAGGGCGUGGCGAGCAGACAACAACGGUCUCGUGGUUCCCUCCUCCGGACGUUUGGGACAAGCAGGGUUAUGGCUGGCCAGGAUGGACGGAAACUAACGAGGAGUUUUUCCAGCAGUGGAUAGCAGACAUUCGCAAGGGCAAUGCCAAACCCCUGUCGCGUCAAAACUGGUGGCGCAAGGUUCGUAGCAUCAAGAACACGAGGUCGAUGCUUAAGAACAACAGGGAACGGGCAAAGGCAUACGUCGAGUUGAACAUUCAUGCUAUGUAG